GACGUUCCCGUCUCCCGCCCGCCGGGUCCCUCCGCCGUGAUCGCAGCGCUGCGGUCCGCUCCUCACCGUCCCCUUCCCGAGGGGGGGCUCCGGUAAGCGCCGCCGCCGCCGCCGCCUCUUCCGCGCCCCUCUGCGGGGUGGGGGCAGCAGCGGGGGCCGCUCCUCGCGCCGGGCGGGGCCCUUUGUCCGCUCGGCGGUGCGGGAGCACCUGGCGGCGCUUCUCCUUUCUCCUCCUUUAUUUAUACCCUCCUUCUCCCCCACCUGCGGCUCUUCAAUCGCUCCCGCUCUGCUCCGUGGCAGACGAAACCGAGCGGCGCUCCGCGGCCAUGGCCAUGACGGGCCCGACGCCGUGCUCCUCUAUGAGCAACCACACCAAGGAGCGGGUGACGAUGACGAAGGUGACGCUGGAGAACUUCUACAGCAAUCUCAUUGCACAGCAUGAGGAGCGGGAGAUGAGACAAAAGAAGCUAGAACAAAUGAUGGAAGAAGAAGGAUUGAAAGAUGAGGAGAAAAGGAUCAGGAGAUCAGCGCACGCACAGAAAGAAACGGAGUUCCUUCGCCUGAAGAGAACAAGGCUCGGCCUGGAGGACUUCGAGUCCUUAAAAGUAAUAGGCAGAGGAGCUUUUGGAGAGGUGCGGCUUGUCCAGAAGAAGGACACGGGGCACGUUUAUGCCAUGAAAAUACUGCGUAAAGCUGAUAUGCUGGAGAAAGAGCAGGUUGGCCACAUCCGUGCUGAGCGGGACAUCCUCGUGGAAGCAGACAGCUUGUGGGUUGUGAAGAUGUUCUAUAGCUUUCAGGAUAAGCUGAACCUCUACCUUAUCAUGGAGUUCCUGCCUGGAGGUGAUAUGAUGACACUCUUGAUGAAAAAAGACACGCUAACAGAAGAAGAGACGCAGUUCUAUAUAGCUGAGACUGUGCUCGCCAUUGAUUCUAUUCAUCAACUGGGCUUUAUCCAUCGAGAUAUCAAACCAGACAACCUUCUUCUGGACAGCAAGGGCCACGUGAAACUCUCAGAUUUUGGUCUGUGCACCGGACUGAAGAAAGCCCAUAGAACAGAGUUCUAUAGGAACCUGAACCAUAGCCUUCCCAGUGACUUCACUUUCCAGAACAUGAAUUCCAAACGGAAAGCAGAGACGUGGAAGAGAAACAGACGGCAGCUGGCUUUUUCUACUGUGGGGACUCCGGAUUACAUUGCUCCUGAAGUUUUCAUGCAGACAGGCUACAACAAGCUCUGUGACUGGUGGUCGCUGGGGGUCAUCAUGUAUGAGAUGCUGAUUGGUUAUCCACCUUUCUGUUCUGAGACUCCUCAAGAAACGUACAAGAAAGUAAUGAAUUGGAAAGAGACCCUCACAUUUCCUCCAGAAGUCCCCAUAUCUGACAAAGCCAAGGACCUUAUUUUAAGAUUUUGCUGUGAAUGGGAGCACAGAAUUGGUGCAUCUGGUGUGGAGGAAAUAAAGAGUAAUCCAUUCUUUGAAGGGGUUGAUUGGGAGCAUAUAAGGGAGAGACCUGCUGCAAUUUCAAUAGAAAUUAAAAGCAUUGAUGAUACCUCAAACUUUGAUGAAUUUCCAGAAUCUGAUAUCCUUAAGCCAACAGUGGCAACCAGCAACCACCCAGAGACAGACUACAAGAACAAGGACUGGGUUUUCAUCAAUUACACCUAUAAGCGUUUCGAGGGCCUGACAGCCCGAGGAGCAAUACCAUCCUAUAUGAAAGCAGGAAAGUAAUUAACCUUUACCUGGGACAGCUUCUGAGCCGUGGAAUUCUCUUUUUGUACCUUGGGUUUUUACCCGUAAAUGAACUUUUUUUACUUUUUUAUUUUUUAAAGAAAACUUGAGGGCUAUUACCUCUUGGAGGAGACUUCAGGAUGCUGUUUUGUUACAUACUCUGGCUGUUACUAAGGAUUUGUUCUUUAUUGCACCAUUGCAAACUUCCACAAACUGUAUGCCAUCACUGCUGCAAGUAUGUUCUGCUGCUUCGGGAGCAAGAGUUACAGUUUUCUUUCUAAACUCUUCACCAGAUUGUACAAUCCUUUGGGAGAUGAGAGCAAGCCUUCACGUGACAUUGCAAAGCGUGUGAUGUUCAUGUAGGCCCUUCACCAGUCCUGCAUUAAGUGAUAUACCCAAUCUGCCAAUUCUAUCAGCAGUGUUUUCCUGGUGGCAAAGGACUUCAGUACAGAGGAGACAAAGCAAUAAUUAAAGCUUGAGGCAGACAACUGUGUGGUAAACUAUCUAGGAGGAGACAACUUGUAUUGCCUUAACUUUAGUUUGUAGUGGUAGGUUUUCUUCUUUUUUUAUGAUGCUACUUGGAAGCCUCUUCAAGAGCAUUUCUCAGCUCUGUAGCAGUGGCCUCAAGUUGCAGUGCACUUUACUUUUGGUACUAAAGCAGUGACCCCUCAAAGCCAUUUAAUAUUUUUUUCUAAAUUAAAAACAAUUGCACAGUACUUUUUCUUUUCCAGACAGUGCUAAGAGCAAUUGGCCACUUCUUCCACCAGCUCUCAGUUCCUGUGUGAAAGGACACACCUGUAAGCAAUGCAGAUAAUGAAGACUACAGCUGGAUCCAGAGUUAGUGCAGAGAGAUGGAGGAAAAACUCAUUUCAGCUGAUCAGUGGUGGGUGUGUGGGUCCAGCUGGGUCAGCCAUGGGCUUCCUGCUGCUGCCAUCUGUUGGCCAUUUUGAGACGGGCGUCUUCAUCAGUUAAAUGUAAAAACUUAAGGUAAAAACCAUCUUCUGUGGCCUUCUUGCCCUUGGUUUGGAGCAGAAGCAGCUGUCCCUGUGGUCUCCAAAAGACACAGUGCCUCAUGGGGUCAGUUUGGGGUGGUUGGACCCACAGCCUACUCUACAUUUUUUUGCCUUGUGUCAUUUAUACAAGUUCUGAUCAGGCUGCUCUCUGGGAGAGCCCCAAAGUGCCUUUCCUUGUCCGAACAUCUCUGGGGACACACCUGCAUUUUGGGAGGGAGGAUUCUGCCUCAGCUGAGCUUUUGGUAAUUUCUUUUUUAUAAUCAUGAGCUCCACUUUGCCCCUGUUUCCAGGGGCAGGUGGCAUUACCCUUUGGGCUUGCUUGGUACCAGUCUUGUAAUUUGCAAUUAGAUGUUCUCAAAAUUGUAAUGAGGUCUCUAAAAGCAUUUAUCAGUUACAACUGUCUUCAGGUUGUUGAACCUUUGUUGGUGCUGAACACUAAUGGCAUAGUAGGGCCAGAAAAGCUAUUUAGAAACAAAAUAAAAGAGAGCAGUGUUUCAAAGUAAGAGGAAAGUUCUGUUACACUUAGUCCUAACUUUCUAGAUUAGGAAAUAAAAGAAAAUAGGGUUUGUUGUGAUUUUUUUUCAUAGGUGCUUUUAAGGACUUUUCACCUAGAUGUCUUUUGAAUUGAGUGCCAAUGUGAGGGCCUGAAAGUUGUCUGUAUGUAGCUAAGACUGAGUGGUGACUCGCUGCAUCCUCUCCCCAACCACCCCCGUGCUUUUGGGAUGUGUCCCAGGAGUUGAACUAUUUGCCAUAAGCAGCUUAGAUACCAGCUGGAUCCUAGAAAAGCUGAAAUGCAAGGACAGCCUUAACAGAAGCACCAGGAGCACUGUAGUCAGUAGACAUUACUCCUGAAUAAGGGCUAACUGAAGUAAUGAUUACAGGAGCUGGCUUUGUGUCAGCUGUCAGUAACAUGACAUCCUCCCCUCCUCUUUAUUUUCAGUAGGGGGCUGAUAGCUACUUCUCAAAUUGUCCUGUCCUCAUCCUGCAGUUUAUUUUGAACCAUUGGAAAAUGUUGCCUUAUAAACCGCUAGGAAAGUGAGAGGUAUUAAUACUUAAAAAUUCCCAACAGCUUAGUUACUGCCUUAACCCUUAAGAAAGCAAAAUCCUUUGAAGCUGCAGUGGAUGAGAAUAAAGGAUUUGGGGACAGGAGUGACAUUAUUAGCCCUUUACUAAAGGGACUGGGCAUGUUAUUUAUAAAUACCAAAGAUAAGAGAGUGGUACAGCUUCUAAGUUGUGACAACUUGCUGUGAGAAUCUCUAUAAUAAUACAUAUUGUGCAUUUUCGUGUAUGUGUUUUUAAAGUCUGAAACCUCAGUUUUGAGUUAAAGCUUUUAUAAGGUGUAAGGAACGGUUGGGUACCUCAUUUCUGUGCCUUUCAGUAGGAGCCACAGGGCUGCAUAUAAUCCUCUGAAAGCCUUGGACAUCCCUUCCCAGUAGUAGGCCUUGUAGCACAGUUGCAGCUGCGUCCUGUUACAGGUGCUGACCAACCGCCUGUUGUUUCCAGGAGCUGUACUUUCAGAUUUCUGUAUGACUGUUUCCUCCCUGUGUUAGCCAAACCUUUCUAUUAGCUGCUGGUUUGUGCAUUGAGCUCGUGUAUCUCAGCUCUCUUUUCAAGCUGUUAGCAGGACUGUGUUUGUUGAUUGCAUUUUUUUACCCAGCUGGACUUCUAGGAAAGAUCCUAAUCUGAACUUGAAUUGUGCUGUCACUUCGUCUUUCUAUCAUGCCUAGCAUAAACUUGCACCAAGUGUUUCUUAUCACUGUGCCCUGACUCUGCCUUAAGCUGUAAUUUGAAAAAGUGUUUUCUGUAAAUACUUAAAAGCUCUUACUAAAUUGCACUGUAAAAUUUGGCAGAUGAAUUGUGCGAGGGCAGGGGAGCCAACUUUGUAUGGAACGAUCUUUGCAUUCGGGUAUGUAAAUAAAAUCCUCUUAGUAAACA